UGUGACCAAAGUUACCCAAGAUGGCCAACGUAACGCAGCUGAUCCGCCGCCAGAGUUCCAGAGAGCUGUCGGCGCAGAAGUCCAUCGACCGUCUCGACCUGGAACUGGAAGCGCGUCUGGUGCCUACCGCCGAGGAGGUGCCCGACUACGGUGCCACCAACCAUGGCUACGAUGGCGGGUCGAGUCCCACUGCCAGCAUACCCAGUAAGGUACCGCAUGAGACGACGAAGGAGGCGCUGGCGGCGGUGUUGUGCGAGGGAGAGGAGAGGGAGUCGUGGGACAGCAAGCUACAGUUCCUGCUGGCCACUGUGGGAUACGCCGUCGGCCUGGGCAACGUCUGGAGGUUCCCCUACCUCGCACAGAAGAACGGAGGAGGGGCAUUCUUGAUCCCGUACUUCGUGAUGCUGACGUUCCUGGGGCUGCCGCUCUUCUACCUGGAGCUGGCGGUGGGGCAGCGGAUCCGCAAGGGUGCCCUGGGGGCCUGGCACCAGGUCUCCCCCUUCCUGGGGGGAGUCGGCAUCGCCUCCGCCGUCGUCUCCUUCGCCGUCGCCCUCUACUACAACACCGUCAUCGCCUGGUGCCUCUACUACCUCUUCCAGAGCUUCCAGUCGCCGCUGCCAUGGUCGGACUGCCCACACGCUAUCGGCGUCGUGGAAAGCAACGAGUCGAGCCUGGCCCAAGAGUGCGAGAGAGCCGGCCCCACACAGUACUUCUGGUACCGUGACACCCUUGACAUCACCGACGACUUGUCCCAGAUCGGUGACUUCAACUGGAAGAUCGCCGGCUGCAUGGCCAUCGCCUGGCUCCUCAUCUACAUCUGCAUCAUGAAGGGAAUCGUCGCUUCAGGAAAGGUGGUGUACGUGACGGCCGUGUUCCCGUACGUGGUGUUGAUGGCCUUCUUCUGCCGCGGCGUCACCCUCCGGGGCAUGUCUGACGGCAUCUCCCAUCUCUUCACACCCAGGUGGGAGAAGCUGCAAGACCCGGUUGUGUGGCUGGAGGCCGGCACCCAGAUCUUCUUCUCCCUGGGUCUGGCCUUUGGCGGCCUGAUUGCCUUCGGCUCCUACAACCCUGUCAACAACAACUGCCUGAGGGACGCCGUCCUCGUCUCCAUCACCAACUGCUUCACCUCUAUGCUCGCUGGCGUAGUGGUCUUCGCAAUCCUCGGGUUCAAGGCGCAUGAGACCCACGACCGCUGCCUGGCGGAGACGGCCUCCACCGUGGAACUACUGCGGAUGGAGGCCCCUGGCGGCGACGUGUCUGACCUGCUGGCCAAGCGCAACAUCAGCCUCCCCGUGUGUGACAUCCAGCAAGAGCUCCAGAAGUCGGCCGCGGGCACGGGUCUUGCCUUCAUUAUCUUCACGGAAGCCAUCAACCAGUUUCCCUUCCCGCCGCUCUGGGCCGUCCUUUUCUUCCUGAUGCUCUUCACCCUGGGCGCUGACUCCCAGUUCGGCACCCUCGAGGGCGUCAUCUCCUCGCUCAUCGACCUCAAGGUCUUUCCCCAGUUACGGAAGGAGGUACUCUCAGGUGUGGUGUGCGCGUUGUGCUUCCUCAUCUCCCUCAUCUUCACCCACGGCGCCGGCAACUAUGUCUUCCAGCUCUUCGACUCCUUCGCCGGCAAUAUUCCGCUCCUCAUCAUCGGCCUCUUCGAGUGUCUGGGGAUCAGCUUCAUCUACGGCAU